GGUUUUGGGAAGAGGCAGCCUUGGGGACUGACGUGCAACUUUGGCUUUGCAGCGGUGCUGAUUCCCAGGGGCUUGCAGCGUCUCCCAGAGAGGAUAUAAUUUCCAGUCCCAAAGCUGCCAUCCAGUGCUGAAAAUGGAAGGGCUGGAUCCAGCAGGGCCUAAAGCUGAAAAGAGAUCAGAGGCAGGAGAGGGAGACUUUCAUCUUGUCCAAAAUGGAGCCAUCACCAGAGAUCUGACCAGCGUAGAUCCACAGCGAAUCAUACCAGAAACUGACAAUGGGCUACCACAGAGAUGGGAAGCCCAAUGGCAGGCAUUUCUGAAAACACAAGCCCCUCACUUGCCAAGGAAAAUUCCAGAACUGUUUGGCCCCUUAUCAGGAGAGGAGUCUCAGUUCUCCUUCUGGAGAGCUGACAUGAGCCAGGAGCAUAGGGCAAGUCGUGUUAUCUACACCUUGCCAGACAGUGGUGGAGAGGACUGCAGAGCUAACAAAAGCAUGACUUCUUUGAACAUGAAAGAAGAGACUGUACAUGAGGAAAACACCAUCACCUUCGAGAUGAGAUGCUGGCACCAAGAGGCUGACAAAGCCCGAGAGAUGCCAGAAUCUGAUUGUUCUAAGGCAAAGCAGGAUUCAUCGGGCAUGGUGAAGAUGCAGACAGUCAAAAAGGAGGGUCACUUGAAGGCCACCUUGCUGGAUUGUGACCAAAGGUCGGAGAAUGAAGAGGAGGCAUUUCUGGCAGAAAGGCAAAAGCAAACUGACAUGAGUGGAGUAUCUUUGGAAGGAGCCAAAAGCAUGUCUUUCCAGGCUCAUGAGAUGGAGAAAAUGCCUGGGAAUCAACAGGGGACAGAAAAUUGCCAGGAAAAUGAUCCAUGGGCAAUUAAAGAACAUGCCUUUUUACACAGUUUACACAAAAGCACUUUGCAAAGAGGAAUCUUGAGGUCUGAGGGAAAACAGAUGGGCUCAGAGUACAGAAGGACCUUCUGUCAAAGCUGGGACCUACCUCAGAUUCAGAAACUGCAAAAAGGGGAUAGAUUAUACACAUGCAUGUACUGUGGGAAAGUAGCCAACAGGCGAGCAGACCUUAUUGUGCAUGAGAGAACUCAUACUGGAGAGAAACCGUAUGAAUGCUCCGAGUGUGGGAAGAGCUUCAACACAACUUCUUACCUCACUAAACAUAAAAGAAUACACACUGGUGAGAAACCAUAUCAGUGCUCAGAAUGUGGGCAGAGCUUCUGCCAGAAAGGCAAUCUGGUUUCUCAUGUGAGAAUCCAUACCGGGGAGAAGCCAUACACUUGCACAGAGUGUGGACAAAGUUUCAGUCAAAGGAAAAUCCUUGAUAAACACUGGAGGAUCCAUACAGGGGAAAAACCAUUUAAGUGUUUUGACUGCGGGCAAAACUUUAGUCAAACAUCUCAUCUCCUGACACAUCGGAGAACCCACACAGGAGAGAAGCCGCACAAAUGCUCAGACUGUGGGAAGAGCUUUAACCAAAAAGGAGACCUUGUUAUACACAAGAGAAAGCAUACAGGCCAGAAGCCGUAUGAAUGCUCUGAGUGUGGGAAAAGCUUCAGCACUAGUUAUCAAUUUAUCAGCCACAAGAGGUUACACACUGGGGAGAAGCCAUACACCUGUUUGGACUGUGGGCAGAGCUUUAAUUGGAAAUCUAACCUCAUAACACACCGGAGAAUCCAUACUGGGGAGAAACCGUAUGAAUGUUCCAUUUGUGGGAAAAGUUUUAGCGACAAGUCCUCCCUUACAAAACAUGUGAGAACUCACACAGGGGAGAAACCAUAUAAGUGCUCAGACUGCGGGCAAAGCUUCAACUUGAAAUCCAACCUUAUUACUCAUCAGAGAACUCAUACUGGAGAGAAGCCAUAUAAGUGCUCUGAGUGUGGAAAAAGCUUGAGUCACAGGUCCUCUCUUACAAAACACAUGAGAACCCACACCGGGGAGAAACCCUAUGAGUGCUUUCGGUGUGGGAAAACCUUCAUAUCUAGUUCAGACUGCAGAAAACAUGAAAGAGUACACACACGAGAGAAACCGUAUAAACGUAUGAGGAAAAGCCCACUUAUCCCUCUGUUCUCGUGAACAGAAAAUUCACAUGUGAACCCAGAGCUCAAAGGCUGUUCAUGUUGGGAAGGCCAUGGCAUGAAAACAUUGUAAACAUUUACUGUAGAUUUAGCAGUUGCUUGGCCAAUGUUCUCCGAAAAGAACAUUUUUUUUUUUAAAGCAGGAAUUAACUUUUUUUGCUGGGCUAGUAUAUUAAAACUUUAUGUUUUUAGCAAAGUAUUGUGAAAUCUGAAAUAUUUUCCCACUCUUAUUGAUGAAUGUGCUGCUACUAAAAGUAAUUGGAGCAA